UGAACUUGGGUUUAAGCGGAGCAGAGCUCCCUACCGAAGAGCCGCCCACAGUGAACCAGUUCAAGCUCUACACGAGGUCAGCGGAUCUUUGUGUCAACGAGUCUAAGUGGACGGUGGAGAGAGACGUAGUGAAGACAGACUUACAGACACAAACUUCUACAUCACAUUUAGUUCUUGAGAAACGCCAGUAUUCGGGAAAAGAAAACAAGAACUUUUGGGAAGAACUGUUCGCCUACUUCUCUUUGUUACACGGACCCCAUAGAAAUUGACGCCUCCAGCAAUUCAUCAUUACCGCUGGAACGUGUUUAACGCACGACAGGGGAAUACACAUACACACACACACACACACACAGACAGCACUGUGAACUCACCACUCUACUAUCACUUUUUCAAAUGAGAAAAUUAUACUAAAAAUUAUCCAUAUCAUGUUGCUGCCUUGUCACAACGGGAUGGCGCGUCCUCAGGUUGCGGAUGGAUGAGACGCCCUCCAGGGCACACCCAGAUUCUUCCGUGCACUUGGCAGAAGACGCGUCCAACCUCACAGUGACAGAUUUCAACACCAGCAGCAGCACCGUCGUGAUCAUACACGGAUACACGGAGAGCCACUCCAGCAACACGGUGCAAGCCAUCCGUGAUGCCUACCUGCACGCGUCCGACUUGAACGUGGUGGUGAUCAACUGGUGGUCACUGGCCCGCGGCCCGAGGUACGAAGUAGCGGCAAGGAACACGAAGGAAGUGGGGCGCAGUCUGGCCAACUUUCUAGACAACCUGAUACGGGAAACACAAGGGGCGGCACGGCGAGACCUACACAUCGUGGGGUUCAGCCUGGGGGCGCAAGUAGCAGGCAUCGCAGCAGGACAGCUGACGACAGGAAAGCUUCUGCGAAUUACAGCUCUGGAUCCAGCGAAACCCAUCUUCGAGAUCAGGGACGACGCUGAGCGACUCGACGCUAGUGACGCAGAGUUCGUGCAGGUGAUCCACACUGCCAGUGGCUUCCUGUCUUUCCUGGAGCCCGUAGGCCACGCCGACUUCUACCCCAACGGUGGCAGGGCCCCCCAGCCGCCCUGCCCUGGAGGAGAAGCCCUUGUGUGCAGUCAUCACAUGGCCUGUACUUACUUCGCCGAGUCUGUGUACCGUCCGCUCUCUUUUCCAGCCACCCUUUGUGAUUCAUGGAACAACUUCCAGCGCGGAGAAUGUGAUGGGAACCCCCCGAUUUUCAUGGGGGCCUUCACACCCCUCAGUGCGAGAGGAAAGUUUUACCUGAAGACCAAUUCUGAGGCUCCCUAUGGUCAAGGCAAGAGCACCAAAACUGCCGAAGUGACCACUGCACCCUCCUCAAACUGUAGCCAAAGUAACAUGGUGGAUUUAAAUGGCGGUAAAUCACUGUGCAGACCAUGGACCGCUGAAGCAACAGAGUCACCAAGCGUUGAAGCUCAGAAUGACACGCAGGUGCAUGUGACCGCCUCAACAAGUUUCGAUGAAAAUGCGACCAUCACGGCUGUCGUUGUCAUAUGUUUCGUCCUUUUAUCAGUUUUAUUCAUUCUCUUCUUUCUUGUGCGACAUUCAGAAGUUGUGAUAAACUUCUGCCGGAGAACAAAUGUAAUUAACCUUUAAGUGCCGAAGUGCCCCGUUUGUGCCAGUGAUGAGUAUGGUCGUCGUGGCCAAAGUAGCCCGAUUUGGCCAGCCGGACAUUUAAACUCCUCUAUUGGAAGCGCGCGCAGCCUCCGCAAAUGCACAAUCCUAUAAUGUUUUUUGAAUAGAUUAAAAUUCAAUAUACAUACAUUUUUAUUUCGUUAUCUGCUCGACGUAUAUACAGGCUUCAACCCCCGCGUCAUGUAACUGAAUCUCGCGUUUGCAACAUUCCUUGAAGCACCCGAGAGAGCAGAGUCCCACGUUGCACUGCCUCUUAGUCACGAGUUGGUGUUGAAGUGUCCAAUAAAUCCGAUUGCCAAUUCAAACCCCGUUUAUAGACACUCAAUCACGUGAUAAUAUAUAUAUAUAUAUAUCGGACCGUAUAUGGGUUAUGCAUGACUUAUAAAACGGGGUUUCGGAUUGGAUGAUUGGAUUUAAUGACACUUAUAUUU